AUGCUCCGCAUGAAAGAGGCUUAUGUGAUUCCGAAUAGGCAUAUUAGAUAUGCUGCCACAAAAGCAUUUUCUGCCACCAAGAUGACUGAGGGAUCCUCUGUGCACGAGCAUGGGAUCAACAUGCUUCCCCCCAUGGAAAAACUCGAGGAUCUUCAAGCUGGGCUUGAUAAUGACACGUACAUUGACGUGAUCCUCCAGUUACUUCCUCCCUCUUACGACCCGUUUCUCGUAAACUAUAACAUGAAUGGGCUUGAGAAGACCAUAAACGAGUUGAUUAACAUGUUGGUCCAAUACGAGGCAACGACCAAAAAGUGUGCGCCGUUAGUAUUGGUUGAGGAGGGUUCGACCUCUAAAGCGAAAGGCAAGGGGGCCAGAUGCUGGAAGAGGAAGAAGGCUAAGGCAAAUGAUGCUGCAAACACUUUUGAGCGCUCUUGUUGCCCAGGUGGGGAUGGGAAAAGGUAA